CCAGGAACCAUGGAAAAGUCUACAGCUUCUUCUGCAGCCUCUGAAAAGCCUAAUCCUUCCCACCACAGUACGGGGGCUGUUCAAAUGAGGAUCAAAAAUGCCAACAGUCACCAUGACAGGCUGAGCCAAAGCAAAUCUAUGAUUCUGUCCGAGAACCUGAAAGUCACUGAGCCUAUAAAUCGCCACAGAAGGAAUCAUUCCCAACACAACCUAACCCUCGCAGACAUCAUUAGCACGCAGGAGCACGCGGUGGAGAAAGAAGGAUACCUUCUAAAAGCCAAAAUUGCAGAUGGUGGCAAGAAAUUAAGGAAAAACUGGUCCACCUCCUGGAUCGUUCUCACUGCUCGGAAAAUGGAGUUCUACAAAGAAUCCAAGCAGCCAUCACUGGCCAACCUGAAACCGGGAUACAAACCUGAGUGUGUGGAUUUGUGUGGUGCUCGCAUUGAGUGGACCUCAGAGAAGUCCAGCAGAAAGAAUGUCUUCCAGAUCACGACAGUGUCAGGAAAUGAGUUCCUCCUCCAGUCGGAUAUUGACUUUCUCAUAUUGGAUUGGUUCCACGCUAUCAAAAAUGCAAUUGACAGAUUGUCAAAAGAACGGAGUUGUACCUCGAAAAAUUCGGAGUUCAAACUCAGAAGAUCCUCCAGCAUCGAAUUACUGAAUAGCUUAGACACUGAGUCCAAAGAACCAAAGCCUGAACACAGAAAAUCUUUAAUUUUCAGACUCAACUACAGCACCUCUGACACAAACGACAGGAACCGAGUGAAAAGCAGGUUGAAGAAGUUCAUCUCCCGAAGACCCUCCUUGAAAACAUUGCAGGAGAAGGGACUGAUUAAAGAUCAAAUUUUUGGCUCCCACUUGCACUUGGUUUGUGAGCACGAGAAAUCUACAGUCCCCCACUUUGUGCAACUGUGCAUAAAAGCCGUUGAAAGAAGAGGUCUAGAUGUUGAUGGAAUAUACAGAGUUAGCGGCAAUCUGGCAACAAUACAGAAGUUACGAUUUGUUGUCAAUCAGGAAGAGAAGCUGAAUUUGGACGACAGCCAGUGGGAGGACAUCCACGUUGUCACCGGAGCACUCAAGAUGUUUUUCAGAGAGCUGCCUGAGCCGCUGUUCCCAUACUGCUUCUUUGAACAGUUUGUGGAGGCGAUAAAAAUCCAGGACAACACCACUCGCAUCAAAUCCAUAAGAAGCCUUGUGAAAAGACUCCCCAGACCCAACUAUGACACGAUGAAAAUGCUUUUUGAACAUCUAAAGAAGAUAGCAGCCAAGGAAUCCGUGAAUCUUAUGUCAACACAAAGCUUAGGAAUUGUGUUUGGACCAACACUCCUUAGACCCGAAAAGGAGACAGGGAACAUGGCAGUCCACAUGCUGUACCAAAAUCAGAUAGUUGAACUUAUGCUGAGCGAGUACAGCAAGAUCUUCGGCUCGGAGGAAGACUGACAGACAGGGCCUGCUAUGGAAAGCUUUCACAUCUGUCUCCAUGUCUAAUAUUUUUACAUUUCUGUAAACAUACUUCUGAAAUAUUCCUUUUUUUUUUUCCCCUUCAAGUGACAGAUGCCUCAUUUGGUGAAAACUUAAUGAUGAUUUUUCAUGUUUAAUUUUCAAACAUUGCAAGGGAAAGGGGGGGGGGGGGAACCAACAACAACAAACAAACCACCAAAAAGAGAAAGAAAUGAAAGAUAAAUAUUGUCACCAUUUGCCUAUAUGCAUUCUGCAUUAACCCUUUGAGGGUUUCAUUAUGCUCACACUCCAAGUGGCACUUCUUCUGCGAGCUCAGCAUACAACAUAUGGCCAAAGACCAUGGAAAAAUGCUGUUUACCAACAUAUGCAAUGGCACAGAAAGAUAAAUAAGAAUUGAGGAGGUUGGUGGAUUAAAAUAUGUGUGUUCAAAGCAGUGAAUUACAAUGGUGCUGCCACGUCAUUUGUAGCUAAUGUGAGCAUCAAUGGAGACAGAGCAAGGGGGAAUGGCCUCAGGCUGAGGCUGGAGAGGUUUCGUUUCACAUUCUGUGCUUCUCUCAUCCACAGCCUCCCUGGGCAACCUGUGCCAGUCUCUCACCACCCUCACUGCAAAGAACUUCUUAACAUGCAGUUUAAAUCUCCUUUCUGCCAUUUUAGACCCUCCCUCCUCAUCCUUUAAGGAGAACUGGCCUGAUUCACAGACAUGCUGCUGUGGUUACCAUACAAACACCUUCCUCCUUGUAAGGUUUACCUAUGGAGAUGGAACCAGCAGUGUGAAGUCAAAACUGGGGCAGAACAAUGCAGGUUAUAUCCAGUUUGAUGUCCCCUGAUAGACAUCCAAAUUCAGCUCAGCUCUGUGCAUAUUCUGCUGCCUUCAGUCACAGAUUACAGAGCCCAGGGUUGGAAGAGACCUCUGGAGAUCAUCCAGUCCAAAUCCCUGCUCAAGCAGGGCACCCACAACAGCUUGCCCAGGAGCACAUAUAUAGAAUCAUAGCAUCAAGCAGGUUGGAAGAGACCUCCAAGCUCAUCCAGUCCAACCUAGCACCCAGCCCUAGCCAGUUAACUAGACCAUGGCACUAAGUGCCUCAUCCAGUCUUCUCUUGAAAACCUC